AAAUGUCGCUUUGCCAACAAGUCGAUUGAAUGGUUUUGUUUCAUUCAGUGACAGAGAAGUUACUUUUCUGAUUGAGUUGCCUCUAUAGUGUAACACGAGUAACAUUCGUGUGAUCUCUAAUCGCACUAUGUACAUCAAGCAGGUGAUCAUACAAGGGUUUAAGUCAUAUCGCGAGCAGACAGUAGUAGAACCCUUUGAUCCAAGGCACAAUGUAGUAGUCGGAAGAAACGGCUCUGGCAAGAGCAAUUUUUUUUAUGCAAUUCAGUUCGUCUUAAGCGAUGAAUUCUCUCAUCUCAGGCCCGAACAGAGACAGGCUCUGUUACACGAGGGUACCGGACCGAGAGUCAUUUCCGCUCACGUAGAAAUCAUAUUUGAUAAUUCAGAUGGAAGAUUACCGAUUGACAAAGAAGAAGUGUAUCUGAGGAGAGUGAUCGGCUCGAAAAAGGACCAAUAUUUUCUUAACAAGAGAAUAGUAACUAGAAACGAUGUAAUGAAUUUAUUGGAAUCUGCAGGAUUUUCUAGGUCAAAUCCAUACUAUAUAGUGAAGCAAGGAAAGAUAAACCAAAUGGCGACAGCACCAGAUUCGCAAAGACUGAAAUUAUUGAGAGAAGUAGCUGGUACGAGAGUGUACGACGACCGACGAGAGGAAUCGAAAUUUAUUUUAAAAGAAACGGAGGGAAAAUUGGAGAAAAUUCAGGACUUUUUGCGAACAAUAGAGGAACGUUUGAAGACCUUGGAGGAAGAAAAGGAGGAGCUCAAAGAGUACCAAUGUUGGGACAAACAACGACGCUGUUUGGAAUACACGAUUCACGAGCGGGAGCUUAAAGAGAAUAAAAGAAAGUUGGAAGAGGUGGAGAAGUCCAGGGCUAACAGCGGCGCGGAACAGGCGCGAUUAGGCGCGGAAGCGAAGACUGCACAGGAAAUGGUAAGAGCCGCCAUGAAACGUCUAAAAGAGGCGAAGAAGGAAGUGCAGACCGCGAAAGAGGAACGCGACACGCUUAGCGCCGAGCAACAGCAGUUACUCAAAGAGAAAACCAAAUUGAAUUUAACUAUUAACGAUCUGUUGGAAGAAGUGAAAGGAGACAAUGACAGUAAAAAACGAGCUCAACAGGAAUUAGAAAAAUUGAAAGUAAACAUUGCAGCGAGAGAAGCGGAAUUAGAAGUACUCAAGCCAGAAUACGAGGAAAUGAAACGCGUGGAGGAGGAAUGCACGCGCGAGUUGCAAUUGAAAGAACAGAAACGAAAAGAAUUGUACGCGAAGCAGGGUCGCGGCAGUCAAUUCACCAGCAAGGACGCCAGAGACAAAUGGAUACAAAACGAGCUUAAGCAACUUACCAAGCAAAUUAAAGAUAAAGAGGAACACCAAAGAAAGAUCAGCGACGACCUGAAGAAAGAUGCGGAGAAACAGGUGAUUUUGGAGAGGAAGAUAGAAGAGCACACGCGCGAAAUGGAACAGCAACGAUCGUCGAUAGAUGAACAUAAUAAGCAGUAUUACGAAUUGACCAAAGCGAAGGAUCAGUGUCAGGCCACUAGAAAAGAACAGUACCGUCAAGAAAGCGUGUUGCAACUUAAUUUGUCGGGACUCAAAGAAGACUUGGCGAAAGCAGACCAAAGUUUACGGUCCAUGGCUGGAAAGCCUAUUCUAAACGGACGAGACAGCGUGCGAAAAGUACUGGACACAUUUCGAACGCGCAAAGACAUGGCCCACGAGGUGAAAAGCUAUUACGGUCCUGUGAUCGAGAACUUCAGCUGCGAGAAGAACUUUUACAUGGCUGUGGAAGUGACUGCCGGGAAUCGAUUGUUCCAUCACAUCGUGGACACCGAUAAAUUCGGCACGAAGAUCAUGAAAGAGAUGAACAACCAACGACUUCCGGGCGAGGUGACGUUCAUGCCUUUGAAUAAGCUCUACGUGAAGGAUAUAGAUUACCCAAACACCAGCGACGCUAUGCCUAUGAUCUCGAAGUUGGAUUACGACGAGAAGUAUGACAAAGCUUUGAGGUACAUUUUUGGGAAAACGUUGAUCUGCCGUAACCUGGAAACCGCGACAAAUUUGGCCCGUACUACUGGUUUGGAUUGCGUGACUCUGGAAGGUGACCAAGUGUCGUCGAAAGGAUCGCUAACAGGUGGAUACUUCAAUACGCAGAGGUCGCGUUUGGAUAUACAGAAAACCAGGUCUGAGCUGAUGGCGCAAAUUUCCUCCCUCGAGUCUCAGUUAGCGACGCUUAAAGAGGAGAUCAGAAAGGCGGAUCAGAACAUUAGUUCCUACGUUAGCGAAAUGCAACGGACUGAGACUAAGAACAGCAAAGCUAAAGAUGUGUAUGAUAAGAUGAAGGCGGAGAUACGACUCAUGAAGGAAGAACUGAGCGCGAUAGGAAGGUACCGUACGCCUAAAGAAAGAAGCCUCGCACAGUGUACUUCAAGUUUAGACGCAAUGCGUGCGACUAAAGAAGGGUUGGAGAGUGAAUUGCACCAAGAACUCAUGGCACAAUUAUCUGUUGCCGAUCAACGUCAGGUCGACACACUGAACGACGAUAUAAGACGUCUGACGAAAGACAAUAAAGAGGCAUUUGCCAAACGUAUGCGACUGGAGGCGGAAAAGAAUAAAUUAGAAAACUUAUUGACCAAUAAUUUAGUGAGGAGGAAAGACGAACUGGUUCAGGCUUUGCAAGAAAUAUCGGUGGAAGAUCGACAACGACAAUUGGAAUCAUCGAACGCCCAAUUGGCAGAUAUCGAGAAGAGAUUGGUGAAAGUGAAUGCAGACUUCAAGGCUCAGAACGAGAGAGUCAGCAACGCCAUAAAGAAGCAGAAGGUGGAGUCUGCGGAGGGUGAGAAAUGGAAGGUGAAGGAGAAGGAAGCGCAAGAGAAGAUAGAAGCAGAUGCUAAAGAUUUAGAGAAGCUAGCCAGCAAAUUGAACAUCCUGCAACAGAAAAUAGUAGAGUGUACACAAAAGAUCACUGAACUUGGCGCGCUACCUAGUCACGAGGUAUACUCCAAGUUCAGCGCUAUGUCCACCAAACAGUUGUUCAAAGAAAUGGAGAAGGCAAACAAUCAUUUGAAAAAAUACAGUCAUGUAAAUAAAAAAGCAUUGGACCAGUUCAUGUCGUUCAGCGACCAGAAAGAGAAACUGGUGAAGAGAAAAGAGGAGUUGGACAGAGGCGAUGAGAAGAUUAAGGAACUGAUGUCGGUGCUCGAGCAACGUAAAUGCGAAGCGAUUCAAUUUACCUUCAAACAAGUGAGCAAAUAUUUUAGCGAAGUGUUCAAGAAACUUGUGCCAUCGGGCCACGCACAAUUAGUUAUGAAGACGGCGGAUGGCGACGAAGGAGACGACACGACGCCAGAAUCAGCGGAUUCUGACAGAUUUAUUGGAGUUGGUAUACGAGUGUCUUUUACCGGCCACAGAGCUGAAAUGAGAGAAAUGAAUCAAUUGUCCGGCGGUCAGAAGUCAUUGGUGGCGUUAGCGUUAAUAUUUGCAAUUCAAAAGUGUGAUCCAGCGCCGUUCUACUUGUUCGACGAAAUCGAUCAAGCUUUGGACGCGCAACACAGGAAAGCUGUGGCAGAUAUGAUCCACGAACUUAGCUCCGACGCCCAAUUUAUCACGACGACGUUCAGAAUCAAUUUCCUUGCAGGCCAGAACUGUUACAACACGCGAACAAAUUUUAUGGUGUGAAAUUUCGAAACAAAGUUUCUCACGUUGUGUGCGUGACGCGAGAAGAGGCAGCCGACUUUGUGGAAGACGACACGACGCAUGGUUAAAUGUAGGAUAUAAACUAUUUAUAAAAUCAUUGUCAAUCUGGAAACUGUUAUUUUUCUUGGCCCUGAUUUAUGUCGCGAAAAUCACCUCGACUAUUGUUUCUAUUGGUCGUUUUACAAAUUUAUUUUUAUCAGAUUAAAUCAUGACUUCGAUUGUGUGGGAAAGUGUAUGUUAAUGUACCUGUUUAAGGGAACAAUGAACAAUCAUUUUUUAUGUUUCGUUAACAAUACACGGUCACAUUGUUUACGUACUUUUAACGCAAUGUCGCUCUGAUUUUGCACAUCUUUGUAUAUCUGUGCGAC